GCACAGACCAACGGACGAAGGGUGCAUUGCUUCAGGGAGAAGAAGUGGAGAGGAAGGAGAGAGGAAGAGUCAGCAGGGGCCACUAGCUGUGUGGGACGGGGACAGAGGGACCAGGAGGGUUUGACCUUGAAAAAGGCUUCAGACCGCAGAAUACAGGACAGUGAGAGACAGAGGACACAGAGGAGACUAUAUCUGUGGCUUACCUCUGGAGCUGACCCAAAUAUUCUCUCCUUGUGGUGGCAUCAGGAGGGCAAUAGAGGCUAAUUCCCUCUAAUUGCCUGGGCCUCUGUGGAUUUUACCUGUGAUGGCUCACCUGGGCUGAUAAAUUAAUGAGAUGCCUGUGGAUAUAAACUCUUACUGCUGCAUUUUACACACCUCGGAAGUGUCAAAGAGUAUGCAGUGAGGUCAGUAAUGGAGGCUGUGAUGUUUGGUCUAGACGAGGCGGUUUGCAAUCGGCGUGGUCUGCUGUGGACUCUCACCUCAACAGCCCUCCGACGCCUGUGUGUGCAUGCAAGGAACCUGCCUGCACCGCUGCAUCUUUUACACACACACAGGUGUGCGUCAAGGCCACUCUAUCAGAUGACGGAGGGGAGGCGAUGUCAGGUCCAUCUCCUGGACGACAGGAAGCUGGAGCUGCUUGUACAGCCCAAGCUGAUGGCAAAGGACUUGCUGGACCUUGUGGCCUCGCACUUCAACCUCAAGGAGAAGGAGUACUUUGGUAUUGCAUACACAGACGAAACGGGCCAUUUUAGUUGGCUGCAGUUGGACCGCAGGGUAUUAGAACAUGAGUUCCCGAAGAAGUCUGGUCCCAUUGUCCUCUACUUCUGUGUCAGGUUCUACAUAGAGAGCAUAUCCUACCUGAAGGAUAAUGCUACUAUUGAGCUGUUUUUUCUUAAUGCCAAGUCCAUCAUCUACAAGGAACUUAUUGAAGUGGACAGUGAUGUUGUCUUCGAAUUGGCUGCCUUUAUUCUACAAGAAGCUAAAGGGGACUUCACAAGUAUUGAAGCAACCAAGUCUGACCUGAAAAAGCUGCCUGCUCUGCCCACCCAGGCCCUGAAGGAUCACCCGUCUCUGGCCUACUGUGAAGACAGGGUUGUGGAGCAUUACAAAAAGAUCAGUGGGCAGUCCAGAGGGCAAGCUAUUGUUAAUUAUAUGAGCAUUGUAGAGUCUCUGCCCACAUAUGGAGUACAUUACUACGGUGUAAAGGACAAGCAGGGGAUCCCAUGGUGGUUGGGUCUGAGCUAUAAAGGCAUCUUUCAGUAUGACCACCAGGACAAAAUCAAACCCAGGAAGGUGUUCCAAUGGCGCCAGUUGGAGAACCUCUACUUCAGAGAGAAGAAGUUUUCUGUGGAAGUUCAUGACCCCAGGAGUCGGGCCUCGGUGACGAGAAGGACGUUUGGUCACAGCGGCAUCGCUGUGCACACGUGGUACGCCUGUCCUGCCCUCAUCAAGUCCAUCUGGGCCAUGGCCAUCAGCCAACACCAGUUCUACCUGGACCGAAAGCAGAGCAAGUCCAAAAUCCAUGCAGCGCGGAGUCUGAAUGAGAUUGCUAUAGACCUCACGGAAACAGGAACUCUAAAGACCUCCAAACUAGCCAACAUGGGAAGCAAGGGCAAAAUUAUAAGUGGCAGCAGCGGCAGUCUGCUCUCGUCAGGCUCUCAGGAAUCAGACAGCUCCCAGACAGCUAAGAAAGACAUGCUGGCAGCACUGAGGGCCAGGCAGGAAGCUCUUGAAGAUACGCUAAAAAAGAGACUCGAGGAACUCAAGAACAUCUGCAUAAGAGAGGCGGAGCUGACAGGAAAGCUUCCCAAGGAAUAUCCUCUGGAUCCGGGAGAGGAGCCGCCCACAGUGAGACGGAAGAUCGGUACCGCCUUCAAACUGGACGAGCAGAAAAUUACUCUGAAGGGAGAGGAAGAGGAGCUGGAGCGUUUGGAGCGGGAGUUUGCCAUUCAGUCCCAGAUUACAGAGGCAGCCAGGCGUCUUGCCAGCGAUCCUCACGUGAGCAGCAAGAAGCUGAAGAAACAGAGGAAGACUUCUUAUCUGAACGCAUUGAAGAAGCUCCAGGAAAUUGAGAACUCUAUCAAUGAUCACCGGGUCCGCUCUGGCAAGAAGCCUACGCUGAGGGCAUCGCUAAUCAUAGAGGAGGCCAACAUUUCUGAAGACAGUUCGUUGUCUGACGCACUGGUCUUAGAUGAUGAUGAUCCUCAAGUCACAGGUACUCCCACCUUCUCUCCAGUAGCAUCGCCUCAUAAGGGCCUCCCCCCUCGACCUCCCUCUCACAGUCGGCCCCCUCCGCCCCAGUCCCUGGAUGGCCUGCGACAUCUGCACUACUCACGCCCUGACUACGAUAAAUCACCCAUCAAACCCAAGAUGUGGAGUGAAUCGUCACUGGAUGAGCCAUAUGAAAAAAUCAAGAAACGCUCCUCUCAUUCAAGGCGUUUCCCAAGCUCUGGCAGUGCAGAUCCGGGGGGGUGUAACUCUCUGCAGAGCAGCCCCAUCAGGAACCUCCCUCUCUGGAACUCUCAGUCCAGCAUGCCGUCGACCCCGGACCUGAGGACCAGAAACCCCAACUACGUACAUUCCACCAGGUCAGUGGACAUCAGUCCCAGCCGUCUGCACAGCCUCGCUCAGCACUUUAGGAACCGCAGCUCAAGCCUUGAGUCUCAGGGCAAACUGUUGGUGCCCGACCCCGACGUACACCCGCACACCCUGGGCACCCCGGAAUUCUUCCUGGUCCCAGGACGCAACUCCAAUGGCUCGGACCCACUGGACGACUGCUCAUCCUGCACCAGCCAAAGCAGCUCAGAGCAUUACUACCCCUCUGGCGGACCCCCAGGCAGCAACCCCAACUACUCCACUCUGGGAGAGGACUCACCCUCCAAAGCAAGGCAAAGGCAGAGGCAAAGACACAGGUCGGCAGGUCACCUGGGUUCCUCUAACUCCGGCUCCAUGCCCAACCUGGCAGCUAAGAACGGCACUGGUGGGGGCUCAGGUGGAGGCGGGGUAGGAGGGGGACACCACGGAGUCUACCUCCACAGCCAGAGCCAGCCCUCCUCCCAGUACCGCAUCAAGGAGUACCCGCUGUACGUGGAGGGCAGCCCCAACCCGGUGGUGGUGCGCAGCCUGGAGAACGACCAGGAAGGCCACUACAGCGUCAAGGCCCAGUUCAAAACUUCCAGCUCCUACACGGCAGGGGGGCUGUACAAAGAGGCCUGGGCGGGAGAGGAGGGAGGCGAGGGGAGUGGCCGACUCACGCCGUCGCGCUCUCAGAUCGUACGGACACCGUCAUUGGGGCGAGAGGGUGGGGGCAGUGGGGGAGGGGGGAGGGUAGCGGUGUCUGACGAGCUGCGGGGCUGGUACCAGAGGUCCUCAGGAAGCCUGAAGGACAGGAGUCACUCACACUCGGGGUCUACGUCCUCCGAGACAGGGUCGCAGCAAGGCACUCUGGGACAUGGUCGGGGGAGUCGAGUCGGCACACUUGCCAAGGGCUCACCAGCUGCAUCCCCUCACAGCCAGAGGAGUAUGACGCCCACCAGCGAACACGCAGCCACACCCCCCUGUAGCCCACAGCACAUCCUCAACUGGCAGAGCGGAGGCACAGCAGACAGCUCUCCUACUGAGGACGUCUGUCAGUCUCCCCCUCAGCCCAGCUCUGAUGCAUAGAGGUCUUUCAGUGACAGCUGUUUUCCCAGCAGCCCUCUGUGCUCGGAGCUGGCAGAUGUGCAGUGGUACGGACACGAUAAGGCCAAACCUGGAACCCUGGUCUGAGACCUUCCUAAAGGGCCCAGAAAAGUCCCUUUGCCCUCUCCACUGUCCCUCACUACUACCCCUCCACAACCAACGACCUCAUCCCUAAGGCCCUACAGAAGCCCGGCCCGGCGGACUGGACAUGAGCCGCCCUCCUCCUUAAAUCCUGCCCUCCAUCCAUCUCACCACCUCUUUAUUAUGCCCCUCCAUAACAGUUGGACCGGGACACACUCUGGGCUCUGAUAGGGGCUGAUUUCACAGGACAGAAUGAGAAGUGCCACCUCAGCUGAUGAACUGUUGCCCUACAGCACCACAGAGCACAUCCUUUACUCAGCACACAAGCAAUGGGGCAUAAGGGAAGGAGAGACGUGAAGGGAGAGCCCCGAAAAAUAUCAAACAUACAACUCAAACUCAACAGAACCAACAUCAGUCCUUCCUGGAUCUGUUCUCAUAUCUCAUCUCUGGCCCCCCAGACCUGAACUAACUCCAGUGCACUGCCACCCAAUCAGAGGACACCUGCUGGAUUUGAGCCACCAGUUAAAAAAACAUUUCCAGUAACAAAUGAACUGUGUUGGAUUUCAUUAUUCCCGCUUAUGUUGUUCGUCUAUUGGGUUUGUUUGUCCCCAUAUAUUUAUAAGAAGAGAAGAUGACUUUUCAAAAAAGAUCUGGAUUAACUAACAUUUAGAUGACAAUUUCAACUCCUCUCAGUCCAACCCACAACCAAAGACAACGUACUGGGUUGACUGGUCCCACCGGGGCUCGGGGCCCAUGCAGAAAGGUGACCAGUCAACUGUAUGAGAGUAAAUUCACAGUGACAAUAUCAGGAUGGUUUAUUGGACUGUAUCUGGGAUAUUGAUGAGGACUAUAGCAAUAACAAACAUGUACAAGUAUAUGAACUGGUGUGAAUCUGAAGCAGGCAUUUUGCUGUUUUCUCUGCCUUGUGAUGCUUGGAGCAAAACAUCAUUGGUGCAUCAUAGGGACAAUUUGGAGUUGUGGUUAUUGGGUUUGGCAUUGAUCUAUGCUUAUUUCAGUGAUUUCAUCAUUCCUGUUCAUUUAAUGUCUUUUCAAGAUUCUUCUGUCUACAUGUUGGUCCACAAAGUUCAUUGUGAUCAGAGGGUAAGGGUGGGGUAGAGUGAAGUGGCAUUCGAGGGUGUUAUUAGCCACAUCGAUUUACAAUUAUGGAACCAUUUGAUUUUGGAAGUUUUAAUAUAGAAACCAGACAUUUUGGUUCCACCUUUUCACCCGUGAAAGUAAGUUAUUUCUGGCUGUUGACAUCUGUUGGAGUGACGUGAUAUUGAGGCUGUUCAGUGAUAAAUCUCUGAAGUGAAUUAUCUUUUUUUAUCACGACUGUUUCUUCUUCGUUGGUCUUGGCUCUGUCGCCAUGCUGAGUGUCUGUCAGUCCCCUUCUGUAGCGCUGUGCUUUCUCCUCUUUCUGUCCUCUCUUCAGCAUGACUGCAGCCUCCUGACUGAACACAGACAGUCUGAACUCACUACUGGCUAACACCACACCUCAUAUGAUGCAUGAGUGCAGGUAAACCAGUGCCAAACAUGUUGGUGCUUUACAUUUGUACUGUAAUGCAGCACUGGAACAGCCGCUCCUUCAAUCGCCCCAGUCUUUGGCUAUUGUAUGAAGCAGCAGCAGACUUCUCUAUGAUUUGGCAUCACGUGUAGUAGGAAUUAUUUGAAAAGCACAACAUUAACAGUGUCUAUGAGGGCUGGACCUACAAUCAGUGUGUUCUCAUUUUCCACUCUCAAUAUUUGUAAUAAUGAGUUGCAUCAAAGUGCAUAAGAGGAAACAAAAAAAGCUAAAACUGCGGGCAAUGUGUUAAAUGAUAGUGCAUAUUAGUAUAUGAAUUUCAGGUCUACAAUUAUAAAUACCCUACUGUCAGGGCAGAAGAGAAGCCAUAGCCAGAACUGAAAGGAAAUAUUCUUUAACCUUCUCAAAUGGAGAUAAUUAUUUUCUCACCAAUCCACAAUCAGAUAUUCAGAACAGGGUUAGAAAAGCACAUCUGGUUUUGUACGAAGGAAGUAGAGCUCUGCAUGUUUUAACUGUAUCUAAAUGUCCCCCCCCCCCUUCCCCUUGCCAAAGUCUUUGUUAAGAGAUACUGUUUUAUUGUUGCACAAAAUCUGAAUAAAUCAGAUGUUAAUUUUAUUAAGAUUAUGACAGAUUCUACUUGUCAGUGAUAUAAAGACGUGGACAUAAAUGGUGUCGAAGAGGAAAGACUACAAUAUCAUCUAGUUAAUGUUGCCACAUGAAUUCUUCUUCAGAAACAUUGGUGUGAUAAUAUUAAAAAGUCAAAUUUGUCGGCUUUCAGAGUCUUUUCUUUUCUACCCUCUACAUUGAGGAUCCAGCAACCAGUCUUCAAAGUCUAAUAGUGAGUUGAGCGCGUUGUCUUAAAUUUGAAUGGAUUAAUGGUGUUACAUGUUUAAAGGCGUGGGAGGACUGGUAGGCAUCUUACCGUGUCCAUCGUAGUGUUGUGUUCCCUUUAUGCACUGACACCAGCUGUUGUAAUCUGCCACUUUAAAGACUAUUUAAAUAAGGUUAAGCCCAUUCCCUGCAUGGUUGGUUCUCCAAGAGUUGCUCACCCAUGCCUGGUCAGUCUUUACCCAGGGCUGGAACCAGCACACCAUCCUAUAGGACUGAAUUACUCUAGUGUUUCCGAGUCACCUUUAGAGGACAAGUUAGUAAGUCUUAGCUCACUUUCUGUGUGCUGAAGACACGAUCCCAUGCAUGCCCUGCAGAUCCACUGACAAAUAAAGACCCCAAAGAUAUCCAGCAUCCGACUUCCGUAUGCUAACAUUAGCACGUCUUGCUCCAUAGUGUUUCCUCGCCUCGCCCCCCCGCAGAAAGUCCCAUCUUGACCUUGUGGUAAUCUCUGAGCCCGAUGUGAAAAAGUGUGACGUCCCGUCCCUCUGUAGCUCCAAACACACCAUAUUUUCUGUGCUCCAUGAAAUGUAUGAGGUUUUUUGUAAAAUGAACUAACUCUUUUAUCAGUCUUUUCCUGUAUGUACGGAGGGGCACUGUAAGGUUUUGUGGGGGGUUUUUAACAUUCACAUUCAUUGUUUUAACAAUGUUCCAUUUUAUAUGAACCAGUAUUGUUUGUUUUUUUUAGUUCUGACAUUGUAACAACCACUUCAGGUGCUACAAAAUGACCAGUUACUGCUUCGUCACGUAGGAUCUAGGCAUCUUCAUUGUUAUCAAUAGAUUCAACUACCAGAUGUGCAAAAUGAAGCUUAUUUUAACAGACGGUUUAAUAGUAGAUCACUUCGGCUACCAGACAAUAGAGCAUGUAACCUGAUCUUAUCAGUUCUGUUCAACUGUAACAAUGCAUUAAAGGUGUUGUAGAAAAAAUGUGGAAUUGAUCAAAAAAAUAACUGAGUUCCACAGUUAAUUUAUUCUUUUUUCUAUUAAAAAUUUGUAUAGUAACUUUACAUUUUUCAAAACUGUGUUGUUGGAAAUUGAUGAUGAAUUUUCAAGAUGAGAAGCAGUGGUGGUUCUUGAGAGUAAGAAAAAUAAAUUAUUGAUGAAUGUUCUCAAGA